ACAGUUAUGCUCUCAAAUCUCGCCUAAACACUUUCCCAGUCGCUCUCUGGCCGGCGACACGUAACGGUCAUAAUUCCGGUCAAUUUGUUGUCGCUCUAAAAAUUUUACUCCAUUAAAAAGCCUCUAAAAACCUCAUCAAGAUUUGGCACUCACUCGCUCUCUCUAAUUUCUCUCUUGCUCUACUCUCUCUCUCUGUGUUGCUCGGUUUCCCACUUUCCCAAUCCAAGCUGCUUGCAGGUUUAGGCGACUUGGAAGAAUGAGAUUGGGAUUGAUUUUGGGAUAUUGAAGAUGGUAGCCGCUGUGUCCACGGCGUUGAACCCGAAAACAACGGCCCGUGGUGGGCCUCUGCAAAACCCUACAAGGCCGCCUCUGUUGCCCUCCGAGCCCGACAAUGGCACCGCUCCUCACCGCAGGCCCAAAGCCCGAGAAGUUACUUCGCGCUACAUGUCCUCUUCCUCCUCCUCCUCUUCUUCUACUUCUACUUCUUCUUCUUCGGCUUCGAAUUCUAGACGAUGUCCGUCGCCGUUGGUUUCGAGGACUGCUACGAUGACUCCGAUGCCGUCGGUUUCGACGCUGGCGAAGCGGGCUCAGUCGGUGGAGCGGAAGCGGAUGGCUACUCCGCGGCCUAAUUCUCUGGAUUUGAGAGCCGGGAGCGGCAAUGGUGAAGUGUCCGCGGCUCAGAAGCUGUUGUUCACAUCGGCGAGGAGCUUGUCAGUGUCGUUUCAGGGCGAAUCGUUCUCGCUCCAGGUCAGCAAGGCCAAGCCGGCGCCGUCGCCGAGCGCGAGGAAGGGUACGCCGGAGAGGAGGAAGGCUAUGAUGCCGACGAGAGCUGCCGAUCAGACCGAGAAUUCGAGGCCGGUAACGGAUCAGCAGCGAUGGCCUGGGAGGUUAAGGCAAGCUAAUUGUAUGAGUCGGAGCUUGGAUUUCACCGACGAGAGGAAAAAGGCCGGUGGAUCCGCAGGCAGUGUGGUUAGGGCAUUGCAAAAUUCAACCGUGGACGUUAGCGCGAGACUUUGUUCGGAAUCGGAGAAGGCAGUUGAGCUAGCUGUUGAGGGCGAUUCAGGCAUCGCUGCUUCUGAUACCGAAAGCGUGUCUUCUGGUAGUACUUCUGGAGCACAGGACUGUGGUGGUGGUGGUGGUGGUGAUGGAGGAGCACAAGAGCAGCGUGGUGGACCUCGUGGGGUAGUAGUCCCGGCGAGGUUUUGGCAAGAGACUAACAACCGGUUGCGGCGUCAACCGGAGCCCUGCUGGCCAUCAACAGCGAAGACCGUUGGCACCAAAACCAUGGCCCCUCCUCCACCAAAGCUUAUUGCGCCCAAGAAGUUGUCCAUAGAUAGUCCAGUAUCUUCCCCCCGAGGGGUUGGAAAUAGCAGGGGACAGUUGUCUCCUGUUCGAGGGGCGGCUCGGCCAGCCUCGCCGAGUAAGCUUGGAGCGUCGUGCUUGUCGCCGUUGAGGGGAACAAGCCCGUCUCGAAUGCGGAAUGGGGUGGCUAGUACACCGAAUAGUAAUUUGAGCAACACACCGUCGAUUUUAAGUUUUGCUGUUGAUGUUCGGAGAGGGAGGAUUGGGGACAACCGGAUGGUUGAUGCGCAUGUGUUGAGGAUCUUGCAUAACCGUUUCUUGCAAUGGCGUUUUGUGAAUGCUAGAGCAGGUGCUGCCCUCUCUGCGCAGAGGUCGAAUGCAGAGAGAAGCCUUUAUAAUGCACGAGUAACUACCUUAAAACUACGGGAAUCUGUUAGAGCCAAGAGAACUGAGUUACAACUGCUGAAGCAAAAUUUGAAGCUAAAUUCCAUCCUAAAGGGGCAAAUGGCAUAUUUGGAAGACUGGGCUCUUGUGGACCAGGAUUACUGCAGUUCUCUGUCAGGGGCUACUGAAGCUUUGAAGGCUAGCACUCUCCGCCUUCCAGUUGUUGGUGGGGCAAAGGCUGAUGUCCAAAAUGUGAAGGAUGCUAUUUGUUCAGCUCUUGAUGUUAUGCAGGCCAUGGCAUCCUCAAUCUGUUUAUUGUUAUCAAAGGUUGGGGAUGCUAACUCUUUGGUUGCUGAACUUGCAAAUGUAAGUGCCAAAGAGCGAGCUUUGCUUUAUCAGUGCAAGGAUCUGCUGUCAACAAUUGCAGCCACGCAGGUGACGGAAUGUAGCCUGAGAACACAUAUUGUACAACUAAAGCGUGUACCUCCUAACCUGACAAUGAAUGUAUAAAGCUCUUAUCAUUUGACUUGCCUACCUUUAAAUUGCUAACAUCACAUCAAAUCACACCUUUUUUCCUUGGAUCCUUGGAAUCGGAGGCAAUAAGAGAGUUAUGUUUGGUUGUGGCAUAAAAGAGUGCUGAUCUUGGCCCUUGUUGGUACAUAAAAUUUAGCGGUAUGAUGGUAUUUCCUAUGAAUAGAUGGAAAUGGACGUUACUUAUAAUAUCGAAAUUAGAUUGCAUACAUGUAUUUUCUUAUAGGCCUGAGGAAUGUAUAUGUAAAUAUGUGUAAUGAUGGUUCGGGUUUUCUUAAUUCAAUAGUGUUCUCUUAAA